CGCGUGGUUCGUCGUGACGCGGACCUGAUCCGUCCACGCUCCGCUCCGCGUCGUCGGACAAAUGAAGGGGAGGAAGGGCCAUUCCUCGAAGGCGUUUGGUGACCAGAAGCGUACGGACGGAGGCAGGCAGCAAUCCCGGCGGGGGCUGGGCCUGGGAAAGGCAGCGACCAGGACUUCAGCAGGCGGUGCCGCUGCCUCGGCCACUUCCACCACCACUGCAGCCAGGGGUUACGAUUCGGACGACGAGAACGAGGGCUUUGGCAGGUGGCUCCGUUCCUCGGACGGCGUGGCGUACAUGCGCCUGUUCGUCGUGGCCAAUUCGCUGCUGGUUUUCAUGACCGUGAGCUGGUCGCACGUCUGGCAGGUGGUGGACAUCGUUCGCGAAGCCAUCGGCAUCUGA